AAGAAAAAAAAAACCCUCUCACAUAAAAUUACUUAUUUCUUUCUUCUUUCAACCCUUUCUUCCUUUUACUUCCAUUUUUAUUCAACUCCCAUAACCAUAAUACAAUAAUGUCCAACGAAUUUGAAUCUGUUCAAGUCGGUCACGGUGAAGACUUGAUGACCUUGACCCGAUGGGUUAUCGCACAACAACAGCAUGCUCCCGAAGCGACGGGUGAUCUCACUUUAUUGCUCACAGCCAUCCAGUUUGGCUGUAAAUUCGUCGCCUCCAAAGUCAAGCAGGCCGGUUUGAUCAAUUUGUUGGGAUUGACGGGUGCGGCCAAUGUUCAGGGUGAAGAUGUGAAAAAGUUGGAUGUCCUUGCCAACGAUAUCUUCCGCAACGCUUUGAUCGCUUCUGGUAAAGCGUGCAUUCUCGUGUCCGAAGAAGAUGAAAAGGCCAUGGUUAUCCAGGAUCAUGGUCAACGCGGCAAAUACAUUGUGACAUUCGAUCCUCUUGAUGGUUCCUCCAACAUUGAUUGUGGUGUUUCAAUCGGUACCAUUUUUGGUAUUUUCAAAGUGGAGGAUACCGAAAACCCGUCCAUGAAGGAUUUGAUUCGCAGUGGUCGACACUUGAUUGCAGCUGGUUACUGUAUGUACGGUUCCUACUGUGAAAUGAUUUUGUCUGUCGGUAAUGGCGUCAAUGGAUUUACUUUGGAUCCCGCCAUUGGCGAGUUCAUCAUGACCCACCCAAACAUUGUCAUGCCGCCCCGCGGAAAGAUCUAUUCCGUCAACGAAGGAAACUACAAGUACUUUAAUGAAGCCAGCAAAAAGUAUGUUGACCAGGUCAAGCAAAAGUACAGCGCUCGUUACGUCGGUUCCAUGGUAUCCGAUAUUCACCGAACUUUGUUGUAUGGUGGCAUUUUCGGUUAUCCGGCUGAUUCCAAAUCCAAGAAAGGAAAGCUUAGAAUUCUGUAUGAAGUGUUCCCCAUGGCUUAUUUGAUCGAACAAGCGGGCGGUAAAGCUUCCACGGGUACCCAGAAUGCAUUGGAUAUUAUUCCUGAACAUAUCCAUGACCGAUCCGGCAUUUGGCUCGGUUCCAAGGAAGAUGUUGAAGAAUUGGAAGCUUGUUACAAGGCUUGCGCUUAAAAAAAAAAAAAAAGAAAACGUCUAAUGCAUUUCACCUUAAAAUAAUAAAACCAUGGCUACCAUUUUUUUUUACAAUGUAA